UUCGUGAGUCUGUUGAAUUGUGCUGUUGGAGAUUUUGUCGUGCUCUGCGAGUUUUCAUUUGAAGUGAAGGAAAAAAGCCCCAAAUAAGCAAACAUGAGGGAAAUUGUGCAUAUUCAAGCUGGACAGUGCGGCAACCAGAUUGGAGCCAAGUUCUGGGAGAUCAUCUCCGAUGAACACGGCAUCGACGCCACUGGUGCUUACCACGGAGACUCUGAUCUGCAGCUUGAGCGCAUCAAUGUGUACUACAAUGAGGCUUCGGGCGGCAAAUACGUGCCGCGCGCCGUGCUGGUGGAUCUCGAGCCUGGCACGAUGGAUUCUGUGCGCUCAGGGCCGUUCGGUCAGAUCUUCAGGCCGGACAACUUUGUGUUCGGCCAGUCUGGCGCCGGCAACAACUGGGCCAAAGGACACUACACCGAGGGCGCUGAGCUCGUGGACUCCGUGCUGGAUGUGGUGAGGAAGGAGGCGGAGUCCUGCGACUGCCUGCAGGGAUUCCAGCUCACGCACUCGCUGGGCGGCGGCACUGGCUCUGGCAUGGGAACGCUUCUGAUCUCAAAAAUUAGGGAGGAAUAUCCCGACCGCAUCAUGAACACCUACUCAGUGGUGCCCUCGCCGAAGGUGUCGGACACCGUGGUGGAGCCCUACAAUGCCACGCUGUCUGUGCAUCAGUUGGUGGAGAACACAGAUGAGACGUACUGCAUUGACAAUGAGGCGCUGUACGACAUCUGCUUCAGGACACUGAAGCUCACGACGCCCACGUACGGUGAUCUGAACCACCUUGUGUCGCUCACGAUGAGCGGCGUGACCACUUGCCUGCGAUUCCCCGGUCAGCUGAAUGCUGAUCUCAGGAAGUUGGCCGUGAACAUGGUGCCGUUCCCACGUCUGCACUUCUUCAUGCCCGGCUUCGCGCCACUCACGAGCCGCGGCAGUCAGCAAUACCGCGCGCUGACCGUGCCCGAGCUCACGCAGCAGAUGUUCGAUGCCAAGAACAUGAUGGCUGCGUGCGACCCGCGCCACGGACGCUACCUGACGGUGGCGGCGGUCUUCCGCGGGCGCAUGAGCAUGAAGGAGGUGGAUGAGCAGAUGCUGAACAUCCAGAACAAGAACAGCAGCUACUUCGUGGAGUGGAUCCCGAACAAUGUGAAGACCGCCGUGUGUGACAUCCCGCCUCGUGGCCUGAAGAUGUCCGCCACGUUCAUUGGCAACUCCACCGCCAUCCAGGAGCUGUUCAAGCGCAUCUCCGAGCAGUUCACGGCCAUGUUCAGGCGCAAGGCUUUCUUGCACUGGUACACCGGCGAGGGCAUGGACGAGAUGGAGUUCACAGAGGCGGAGAGCAACAUGAACGACCUGGUGUCUGAGUAUCAGCAAUAUCAGGAGGCUACGGCCGACGAGGAUGCUGAGUUCGAUGAGGAGCAGGAGGCGGAAGUUGAGGAGAACUAAGCGCGCGCGCUCUCUCAAUUUGUAAGAUUAUGAAGAUGAUGUGUUUGUCGAAUAAUUCCUCUGCAACUCAAUAAAUUUUGCCUCUUUUUUCGAUAAAAAAAAAUGUCAUAUGAAAGAGAAAAAGAUAAAUUAUCCAGUGGUUGAGAUACAACAAAAAAUAAGGAGAUUUUGAAGAAAACAAAAAUCCUUCACUGCCCACGAAUAGCAUUAAGGCUUGAACUUCCCAUUCCCACAAUUGAUUUUUUGUACGACUUAUCCGAGAAAAAUGAUAAAUAGAUUCGUGAGCUUUCUGUUA